CACCACCAAAGAUCAUGGCGGAAUUAAAAUUGAAACUUUUCGAUUUUGAGUGAAUAAAAAUGCUUGUACUUCCGAUGUAAAUCGGUAAAAACUUCGAAAUGGCAGGCGAAUACGAUAACGACGAUGUUGCUUGUUAUUUUACAACCAAACACUCUUGGAGGGGCAAGUAAGUUUGAAGUAACCAUAGGUUUUGUACCAGCCUGUUUUCUGUAUGUUCUGUUCUGGCAUGACAUAAUGAGUAUGGUAGAUCGAAAGUGAGGUGGCCUUAUUUUCGUUUGUAGGUACAAACGGGUGUUUUCUAUUGGAUCAAAAGCUAUAACAACUUAUAAUCCUACAACGUUUGAAGUCACGAAUCAAGUAAGUUUGAAGUUUGGCGAUAAUUUGUUUUGAUGUUGUACUAUUGAUCAAUUUUGUUACUUUUGUACAUAUUGGUGCAUAAUAAAUAUGGUGGGUGAUGGUAUCAAUAAUUAUAUACAGUUGCCAAGUUUGAGACUGGAAUAUUUGAAUGCCAUCUCCCAUCUGUCACAUAUGGUAAAAAUCAUGCACUUGAGCAAUCUGUAUACUUGUGCAAUUCUGUAUUUUCUGUCCAAAGGGGUUAUUUCCACCACAUUCACAACAUUCACACACUUGCGGCUAAGGACAGGAAUCUUGUCCGAACUGCGAUCAGGAGACCCUAUUCUAGCUAACCCUAAACACAACCCUAACCCCUUUUUACAACCUCAACAUUUUUUAUGUUGCCCACCAUCUGUCAUUCUGUAUUACAGUCCAUUUCACAAACUUCUUGCCAAAGUGUUCCUUUUUCAUCUCAAAGUUCGAAAGUUCAUAUCAAAAUGUAAACAAAGCCUCUGAUUGGUCCAUGAAUUAAAAGAAGUCAUUCGAAUGCUUAGUUUACAAACCGGUUUGUGAACAUUUUUAUGAACUUUGGAACUUCGCAACAAAAUUUGCGAACUUCGGAACGAACUUCGAAACAUUUUUGGCAAAAGUUUUAUGAAAUCAAAUGUAACCCUUCUACUCUAUAUAACAUUUUCAGUGGGCAUACAAAGAUUUCCUAAACAUUAUGCCAAGUUUAAAAGCACCAACUGAAGUCACCAUUUUGGUUAGAAAAGGUAAUUUUUUUUUGAAAUUUUUAAACAAUCCGUAUAUCGAAUACAGCCGGACCUUAAACUGCUAGCAAAUUUUAAAAACACACCCUAAAACAAAGUGUUCUCUUUUGUAGCUAAAGAAGGCAAGAAGACUCAGAACAUGACAUUUUCCACAGAACACAGAGAAGAUCUUAUCACAGAAGCCUUAGUAAGGACCCCAAAAUUUUGCAAAACUAAAGGCUCUUCUUCCCUUUGACACAUUGCAGCUUAAUGGGCUAAUAGCGUUGAGUGCAUGUUUUGUGUCAUAAUUUCCUGACAUCCGUUUCUUUUGGUUUAGAAAUUCUACAAAGAGUUUGGUGGUUACAAAAGUGGAAAUGAGCUAGUAUGUUUGAUUAUGAAGAUCUGAUAUGGGUGGGGUGCAGGGUGAUGACCGCCCCUCCCCCCCCCCCCGCCCCAUGUAAUUAUAGCUCUCUUCCCCUAGAACAUGUUGGUGUCAACCAGUAGUUACCAAAAAUUUCAUGCAAUUUAAUUAUAUGGACCUUUGAAUGAUUCUUUACCACAUAACUUAUCAUAACUUAGGAAAGCCAGCUUCAUUUCCCCCUGCAAAAUCUCUACCCUCCUACCAGAUUCCUGUUUUACUUUACUCCAGAAACUUCCACUGUUUCUCAAAUGUUGAUUCAUGCCAUUAUACCCAUUCUUAGGGCAUGUUUAUAUGACCCCAGCUAGGUGGGAUGCCACAAUGGCCAAGAUCUUGCAUAUUAUACUUCAAGGGUUUAAUCACAUGGGGUUUAAUCACAAGGGUUUAAUCCUAUGUUUUCACAGAGAUUUAGUGGUUAUAAAUUACACUGGAGUGAACGAAAAGUUCCUGUUACAUUGGAGGUAUUAUUAAUUGUACUUUUUAAAACUUCCAAAUAUCUUUUAAUUAAUGGUAAACUUUAUCAAUACUUCGAUUAUUGAAUUUAUUUAUUGAUUGUAGCAAAAUUAUUUAACUUCUCUACAGAAGUAUUCUGAUCAGGAAUUGUUUUGCAUAUUUAGGUGUCACCAGGCUCAUUAGAUCAGAUUGAUCCGAGGGAUAACAAGAAAUUGUGUUCAUAUAGCUAUAAAGACAUAGAACUGAUUGCAUUGGUAUGUUUAAGUUCAUGUUUACAUGCAUGCAGUUAAAAUCCUAAGUCUGUGCAAUUUUUAGAGGUGCACUGGCCAGAACUUGGUUCUGGCCAAAAAUUGGUUUUGGUACAUGCACCUGUAACAAUUUUGCUUAUCCUGAGUUUAUAGAUGUUGAAUGAUCAAAACGUUUGUUGAAUUUCUCUUUUUCCAAGGUUUCAGACUAUCCUGGUGGAUUUGUUGUUGUCACAGGCGGUUUUAGUAGGAUGGUAUGUGGUAGAUUGGGUCUUAAGCUUGUAUAUUCUGUGAUAACAUUUAACCUAUGCAUACACCUGUUAUUUAUUCCAUAUUUCAAAUCUUCUAUUAAGAUUGACCUCUUGUUAAAAUAAGCCCCCACCCUUUCCCAAAGAAGACAUUUAUUAAACCCCCUCUCUAUUAAAGCCCCUCCCUCCCCCAGUUGUCAAUAAAGAAACAUAUGUGUGCUGAUUAGACAAAAAUCCAUUCCUUUCGUAAAUGUGCCGCUUGAAAUAAAUACGCCACCCAAUAAUCAGAUUAAAAUGAGAACGAAAUGAUGUUAAAAAGCGGCUGUAUUCGCAAACUACAACGAACUUUUUAUUUCUGUUUUUAGCAUCUUUUUACGACAGAUAGAAGAGAAGAACUUUUAAAAAAAAUGAUGGAGGCGUCAUUCAACAAUGUUGGUGUGACGAUAAAGUAUGUGCAAAUCUCCAAUUUGUUCGGAUGGAGUACAAAUCUGUGAAAAUAUCCGAGAAACGGAGACUCAUAUGUUUUUAUACUUUUUUCAGACAAAAGAAAAGCUCUAUAAAGGUGGAUUCGUUUUUAAAGUACAAAUUUGGAAAAUUCAGGUGAAAGAUUCUUCUCACACACAGCUGAGGGAUGCUGCACACGCAAGGCAGCCUGACCUUUAAUCAACACAAAUAUCACAUAUUUACAAUAAACGGAUCCGUACAAACUGCAACUCACUAAUUAUCACGUGUUAGACUAGACCCAAUUCUAGUUAGCACACUACUGCAACUGCAUAAUAACUUAGGCACUACCUGCCAAUAGGGUGGGUGGGACACAGGUCAGGCUAGCACGAGGCAAGCAAAAAAGUGACUCUGAUGACCUUGACCCCACCCUUGACCCAAUCCCCCAGCAGUGUGAGAGAAAAACAUUUUCUGCCUCUUUCGUUCCUCAGCCAGCAGAAAAUAACACUUGUACAGUAUUAACGUUGAUAAAACAUUGUACUCUUUGUCUAUCAGCUUUAUUGAACACAAUAUAGUAGAAAUAUUUACAAGUUAUAAGUCCAAUGGGGAUAGUGCAAACAUGACAACGAGACCCAUGCUGGGCGCAACCCCUAAACUAAUAUUAAACUAGUAAUAGAACACCCCCCCCCCCCUACAAAUAUAUAUUAAUUUACAUAAUAUGCAUAUUAAGAACGGUGGCAGGGGCAGACUCUUGUGAGCGACCAAUUGUAUGCCAUAUCAACAUUAAAAGUUUUGUUGACCAACGCGGUGUAUGUCACAUGCAGAAAGCUAUUAAAAAUAGCUAAGCUGGCGAACUUUUCAGUAGAGGCUAUUUUUCCAACAUUAUUCCAAGUUUUAACUAUUCGGUUAAAGAACGCUCCUUGGAAAGUGGAUGUUCUGCAGUGUGGAGAUUUUAACAUUAGAGAAAGAUUCUGCGUACGAGUUCGAUUAUGAUGUAUAUUGAUGAUACAUGACAUUAAGCAAACGUGAAACAGUUUCCAUAAACCUACGAUAUUCUGUUGCAGCGAUGACGAACACAUCACAUCGAUGUCAGAGUUUUCUGUCUAUAAGCAAUCUCUAAGAAGUAAAGUAAGUUGGCUCUCUCCCUCGUUAAUUUCUGAUAAUUGUGCUGUGAUCGGUUAAUGCUUACUGGAAUUUUCUGAGUAAAUCUUCAAACUAAUUUCAUUCGUAUUUAGGAUCCAAUUCAACGAACAUUGUGUUUCUCAGAAAUGUGUUUGUUAGAAAGGGAUCCAGCAACGUACAACAUCGUUACGCUUCGUCCGCUUAGUUCUGUAAGUCAUGUAUAUAUGUACAUUCAUGAAAUAGAUGCGCAUUUCAUGUUGCUUAAACUAAGAAAGAUCCAAUUGACCACUUGCGUAAUAGACUAAAUUGUGAUCUAGACAAAAAUUUCAUCACACUUGAAAGAGCAUCACAAAAUUAGUAAUAUUCCAAAGUUUCGUUGCAAAAUGUUGUAAAAUGCGGAUAAUAUAGCCUUGCGAAGUUUGCAAUUUUCAAUCAUUUUAUAGAUUACAAACGGGAAAUUGACAGCCCAAUACCCUUUGGGGUAUUGGGCUGUGAUGAAAUUUUUGUCUAGACUUGUUUAGAUCAAAAUUUAGUCUAUUACGCAAAUGGUCAAUUGCAUUUAAUUUGAUGGAUUCAAUUUUCAAAUAGAUUUUUUCAAUUAUUCGCUAUCGAGAUCACCCGCAGUUGUUUGGUUUGGAAUACACAAAUGGUCAACUGAGGAAAUAUUCAUCCCCAGACAG